AUGAUAGGCUGGGGGGACGUGUACAGGGUGGCGGCCGCCAUUGCGCCGCUCUACUUCGCCCUCGGCCUCGGCUACGGCUCCGUGCGGUGGUGGAAGCUCUUCACGGCGGACCACUGCGACGCCGUCAACCGCCUCUUCGUCUACUUCGCGUUCCCGCUUCUCGGCUUCGACUUCACCGCCCGCGCCGGCUCCUUCGUCGCCGGCUACCGCGUGCUGGCGGCCGACGCCGUCGCCAAGCUCAUCGUCGUGCUCGCGCUCGUCGGGUGCGCCGCCGCCCGGCGCGCCAAGGCCGCGACGUGCCGCGGCGGCAGCGCGCCCUCGUCCUACUCCUGGUGCAUCACCGGCUUCUCGCUGGCGGCGCUCAACAACGCGCUCCUCGUGGGCGUGCCGCUGCUGGACGCCAUGUACGGCAAGUGGGCGGGCGACAUCAUCGUGCAGCUCUCGGUCCUGCAGGUCGUCGUGUGGUUCCCGCUGAUGCUCAUCGUCUUCGAGGCUAGGCAGGCCUGGCUGGAGGUGACCUCGGAGCCGGCUGAUGCUGAUCAAGGCGCGCGCGAAGAAGGCGAUCUGUCGGCGCCGGCCGAAGGCGCGCGCGAAGACGGCAGCCAGGCGGCGUUGGGGAGCGACUUCGAAUGGCCGGCACGAGGUGAAAACGGCCGUAAGACGGCGGCGACAGGGUGCGCGUUCUGGGCGCCGCUGCUGCGAGCGGUCGGGGUGAAGCUCGCCCGCAACCCCAAUGUGUACGCCAGCCUCCUAGGGGUCGCGUGGUCUUCCGUGGCAAACAGGUGGCACCUGAAGAUGCCAAGCAUCAUAGAUGGCUCGAUCGCGAUCAUGUCAAAGACCGGCAUUGGAAUGGGAAUGUUCAGCAUGGGCAUGUUCAUAGGACUACAAGACAAGUUUAUCAUGUGUGGACUAGGCUGGACCAUGUUGAGCUUGGUGUUGAGGUUCAUUGCGGCUCCAGCCGCCACCUUAGCUGGAGCCCUAAUUCUAGGACUCCGAGGUGACCUUCUACGUGUUACUAUCUUACAGGCUGCAUUGCCACAGUCUAUAGGAUCAUUUGUCUUCUCGCGAGAAUACGACCUGCAUUCUGGCGUACUUAGUACCGCGAUCAUAAUCAGCACAUUGGCAUCACUGCCAGUGUUAACCGCAUAUUAUCUUGUUUUAGGGCUCGUAAUAUAAAUUAUUUUUUUCGUCUCUACUAAUUUUUCAGUGCUUUUUCACUGUAAUCGAAAAUGAAAAUUUCUAUGUAAGUAUAGUUCAUGUUAGUGGAAAUUACUCCAUGUUGCAGCAGAGUUUGUUAAAAGAAAGUUCUCCAAAAUGAAGCAAGUUCGGUAAAAAAUGAAAAGCAAAAGGUAUAAGCUUCUCGAUCGCAGGGGAGAGGUCAUAUUCGACGCCUUGUGCGCAAUGGCAUGCCAGCACUCGCACCAAAGUGAAAGUAGUUCACGACCAAUUGUUCUGUUUCGCUCGCUCGCCAGUUUGACGGUUCAUUCGUUCGCUCGUUUGCUCGUCAGAUUCCUCUCCACAAAAAGGAAAAGAAAAAGACUAAAAGCAGCAAAGCAAAUCCCAGCCUUACCCCUUCACUCGUUGCUAGGGACACCCAACGCUUGCGUUUCUCGUUGUUAGGGCAUUUCCCACCUUAGUGUUUUGGUGAUAAUGAUAAUUCACUUUGCGGGCUAAGCAUUGAUGUUGGCUUAAACUACGUCGGUAUUUCUCCAAAGAGGAAGGGAUGAUGCAGCACAACAACGGUAGGAAAU